AUGACAGAGAGAGAAGGAAAAGAGGACGAUCGGGGAGGCACCGCGGAGAUAUACCUCCCAAACUACAGAAUAGGAAAAACGCUCGGGAUAGGCUCGUUCGGGAAAGUGAAAGUCGCCGAGCACGUUCUGACCGGGCACAAAGUGGCCAUUAAAAUCUUAAACCGGAAAAAAAUCAAAGCCAUUCACAUGGAAGAAAAAGUACGAAGAGAGAUUAAAAUAUUACGCUUAUUCAUGCACCCACACAUUAUCCGGUUGUACGAAGUUUUAGAAACCCCGCACGAUAUAUUUGUCGUCAUGGAAUACGUGAAGAGCGGGGAGUUGUUCGAUUACAUCGUGGAGAAAGGGAGGUUAGGGGAGAACGAAGCGCGGCAUUUUUUUCAGCAAAUCGUGAGCGGCGUGGAGUAUUGUCACAGGAACAUGGUCGUACACAGAGAUUUGAAACCGGAAAAUUUACUGCUGGACUCGAAGAAUAACGUGAAGAUUGCGGAUUUUGGUUUAUCGAACGUGAUGAGGGAUGGGCAUUUUUUAAAGACGUCGUGCGGGUCGCCCAACUACGCCGCGCCGGAAGUUAUUUCCGGGAAGUUGUAUUCCGGGCCAGAGGUGGACGUGUGGUCGUGCGGGGUCAUCAUGUACGCGCUGUUGUGUGGGUCGUUGCCGUUUGAUGACGAAUCGAUUCCAAAUUUGUUUAAGAAAAUAAAGGGGGGGAUAUAUACGUUGCCGAGUUACGUCAGUCCCGGAGCGAGAGACUUAAUCAGUCGGAUGUUAUUAGUCGACCCGUUGAAACGAAUUACGAUGGCAGAAAUUAGGAACCAUCCGUGGUGCACGUGUCAUUUGCCGAGAUACUUAGCGGUUCCGCCACCGGAUACGUUGUCACAGGCGACGAAUAUCGAUAUCGAGACGUUGGAAGCGACGGUGGCGUUGGGUUUUACCAGAGAGCAAGUGAAGGACGCGUUGAGACAUCAAGUGAGAAAUAAAGCGAGCGUGACGUACUUUUUGUUGUUGGAUAACAGACGUAACUUGUACGGAGGCUAUCUAGGCGCAGAGUUUGAGCAAGGAGAGUUGGAAACAGAUUCGAGAAACGCGCAAAUGUUGGGACAACAAGGCGGGAUCGGGUCGCCGACGGGCGCGAGCCCGAUGGGCCAUCGAAGACCGUCGCAAAUUCAAUCGAAUCUGAUGCAACAGAGGUUAGUCACGAGCGAACAGCGGUGGAUGUUGGGUAAAAGUACGACGAUGGCAGCUCCGGACGUGAUGAAUGAAAUCUUUAGAGUUUUAACGGCGUUGAAAGUGAACUGGAAGAAAAUUGGACCGUAUAAUUUAAAGUGUCGGUUCUUGUUGAAAACGCUCGAGAAAUACACGACGACGAAUAAUAACGGGAGAACCUCGGAAGUCGGAUCUCCGCAACGAAUGGGAGAUAACGACGAUUUAGACACCGCGAUGGAAGAAGACGCCACGACGACGAAUACUAAUAACACGAAUACUAAUAACGAACCGACGACGCCGGACCAGAGCGAUUUUAACGAAGGCCAAGACGUCGGACCGGUGAUGAAGUUUGAGUUGCAAGUGUAUAAAAUGAAGGACGAUCGGUUUAUGAUUGAUUUCCAACGAAUAGAAGGUGGAGUGGUGACUUCUUUAGACGUGGUUUCGUUACUCAUGAAGCGAUUACAACUCCGAUGA